AAGUACCUGAGACCUGUCGACAGUGUCGACACGUCUUUUCGGUGCAGCAGUGCAGCGAAAAAGAACAGGCCAGGUUAUCGACGUCAACGCACAUGUGUGAGAAAAGCGAUUUCUUUCCGAUCUUUCACAAUCUAUUACGUCAUCACGUAUGAUAAAGAUAAAUUCGCCGAUGGCGCCGGUUGGUCGCGAGUCAUCGUAAUUGUGAGGAUUUGAUUUGGAUGUCCUGUCGUGUCCGAUAAUUUAUUGAUAACGGGUGAGAUCUAAUUGUGACCACGAAAGUUUCUUCUUCGUCUUUUCCCACCGCUGCGAAAUCGUGUGGGCCGUUUUCAUUCAUGAAUAGUAUAGGCGAGGCAUGCAACGACCUGAAGCGACAGUACGACGCCUGCUUCAACACGUGGUUCUCUGAGAAAUUUUUGAAAGGAAAUACAACGCAAGCGUGUAACGCAUGAAAGGGAGAGAGAAAGAGAGAGAGAAAGAGAGCGAGUGGUAAAAAUAAAAGAGCGAGGGUGCAACAUGGAGGAUUGCAGUGAGUUGAAACAGAAAUACGACGCCUGUUUCAACAAUUGGUUCUCCGAAAAGUUUCUAAAAGGGGAUACCAACGAUUCAAUGUGCGCCCCCUUGCUUAAAGUCUAUAAAGAUUGUGUAGCGAAGGCCAUGAAGGAACAUCACAUUGAACUCAAAGAGUUGGAAACGAACUAUUUGGAAACUGAGAAGGAGAAGAAACUGCACAGUUGACGAAAAAACAUAUACACAUUCAUACUCGAGUCAUAGAUUUUUUAUCGGUCAUCAAUGACAAGAGGUGCAAGUUCAAAUAUCAUUCCUAGUUCUUAUUGUAAAACAAUGAGUAACUAAACUUAUCUCAAUCGAUAAUUGAUAUUAUUAACUAGCACCAUUUACUGUCAAACAUUCUACACUUUACAUGUUGACAUUGAAAUGUUAGAUCAAAAAAACACCGUGUAUAUAUGCCUGUGUACUAUAUAUAUAUUUAUGUGAAAUAUAUACAUGUUACCUUUAAUAACAAAUUUAAUUCAAUAAUUUUAGUAACUUUAUUAAAGUUUUGGUUUCUUUUCAAAAUUUUUCAAAGAUCUAUACUUUAUAGAAAACGUUGUAAAUAAAUGAAAUAAACAUGAGAUAAUGGGGAAAUAAUUCAUGAACAAAACUUAAUCGGUAUUUUUUAAUUCUUAUUUUAUCUAAAACCAUUCUUUAAAUUUCCUCUCACUCUGUUAAAUGUGUGCGUAUGCAUGUGAUGUGUAUAACAUGUGUAUAUAUCAAUAGAAAAUUUAAUUCUAUAAUUAUUGCAACUUUAUUAAAUUGUUGUUUCUUGAAAGAUUUACACUUUAUGGAGACAAAAUUAUAUAGAAUGACUUGUAAUUGAAAUAGUCACUCUGUAAAAAUAAAUAAUUUACA